AAAGACUAGGUCGCUUUGCGAUUCGUCAUUACCCAAAUAGCUCACAUCCGCAUUUGUCAUUGAAAAAGUCUCCAGUAAAACACACCUGCAGAGCAGUCUUCUUCGGUUUAUUUGAUCCCGGACUUGGAAAGGUUACAACCGACGUCUUUAUUCUUUUUGCAUCUGACACACACAUCCCAAAAUGAAGACCACAACAUCUGGUCGAGCAUUUGCAAAGAAUAUCUUUGACUUAUUUUCGACACUAAUGAUUUCGCUACCGAUCGAAAACCACAAAAUUUUUUUAAAAAGCUAUCCGAACAGUUUUUUGGCUGAAGAUGCUAUUUCCAACCUUGGUGGCCUUCAAUUCAUCCAAACUAACCAUGACGCAGACCCUAGGGACCCCACCAGGAUCAUUACACGGGUGGUUACAACCCAGUUUUCAUUAUCACGUGAUAUGGCAAAGAACCUCUGCCAGACAUUUAUGGACGCACGUCUCUUUGAGAGCGCAUCGGACCCUAGUAAGCGAGAAUUUCAGAACAAAGGCGUUUAUCAAGUCACAGGGAAGGGUGGACAUAUCAUUGAGAAGUUUGUACGCCGCAAUGGAUUAUCUAUAGAAGAUACUCGUCACAUCACGGCAAAUGCAACUCCACGCAUUCUGAUUUUAGAACGUGCGGAAGACGAAGACGCAAUUGUUUUAAAUCAAAAAUCUGUCGAUACUAUUUUUAAACGGUUCGCAGGCUCACGGCCAAAUGUUAUGUCAGAUAGCUCAGGGGAGCCAUCUACGUUAACUUCAAGUUCUAGUAGAGACAGAAUGCAAGCGAGCAUUAAUCGAUGCAAUGGAAUUGAGGUGAAAGACCAACAACAUAAUUAUGACAUAUAUAAGCAUACCUUCAAUGGAAAAGCUGCCGUUGACUGGAUUUUGGAUUAUACAACAGUUAUUAGUAAGGAGGAAGCGAUCUGCAUUGCACAGGAGAUGGUUUCAGCUCAAUACAUUGAACAAGUAGGAGACGAGAGCCGGAAUGGACAUCCAUUAUUUAAGGCAGGGAAUUCGGCACUGUACCAUUUCACUGAGCUAGGAAGAGCUGUUUUAGGCUGGGAAAGCCUUAUUCACAACCGUGGAAGCAGCGUCAAUGGAAGUUGGAUGGAUGGUCGAAGGCAUACCGGCAUCAAAUUGGGUCGGUCCGGCCCAGAACUACUUCUCUCUACACAGUUUAAGCUUACCUCCAACAAUGUCUCAAGGCUUCCUAUCUCAGUGAUGCAGGAAAAGCGUCGUUCUGCAGACGAGCACAGCCUUGGAAGCUCAACUCGUUACAGCGACGAUGCAACGACAACAAAUGGGUCUCUCUACCGUCUAUCUCAACUCAUAAAUGACCCGGCCUCCCAAUUAUUAGCUGAUACAGUAUCCUCCUAUGCGCCAUCAUCUUCUAGCAAAGAUUCCUUGAGCCAGCGUGAAGGCAUUUCUACGAAUGGAGGAAGUUCUACUACAGCGCUAGGCUCAUCAGCGCAGUCGACAACUUCAAAUACGACAAGGCUAAACCUGAUCUUGUCCAAUUUGACACUACGUGAAAUGUUCAAGGGCUUUUUAAAGCAGAGUCUUUGUGAGGAGAAUCUGUCAUUCUACAUGGAGGUUUUGGACUACAAGGACAAAUUUAACACCCUCAUCAACUCUUCGCAAGCUUACUUACAUCCAGGUUCUGAGGAGGUCGGAGCUGGUCGCUCAGCUCCAGAAGGAGCGGCCUCUCUAACAGGUGCAGGUGGCCUUAUUUUGGAUGCUCUACAUCCACUGUCUUUGCGUGAACUAGAGAAACAGAUUUGCACGCAAGCGUUUGCCAUCCACGAAACCUACUUGGUAUCUGGAGCCCCUCGUGAGCUAAAUUUACCUCAUCAGAUGAGGCAGGAUAUUACUGCCUAUAUGCAAGCGGUUGUUCGAAAUAUGAAUGCACAUCCUCUCCCGGCAUCUACAGCACCCUCGCCAAGCGGCAAUCAUAGAUCUCCGCCUAACUCUAGUUCACCAUAUACAUCAUCAGCUGCCCAUGACCAACAUAAUAGUGAUAAUGAGAGUCGGGGAAAUAGUGCACCACAGCGGGAGCUGAUCCAUAUUUCGCUCUUUGAUCGAAUACAUGAUCACAUUUUCAGACUUAUGUCAACAGAUUCUGUUCCCAAGUUCACAAAGACGGAUAAGUACCGAGAAGCGAUGAUGAAUCGCGUCCGGCAAAAGGACAAUAUGAGCAAUGGUAGUAGUCACAGUAUUGUCAAUGCUAUUGGCACUAUGUCAAUCAGCACUAACGGCUUUAACGGGGCGAAACCACCUUCAGUGGGAACGCCAAGGCUCGAGCGAACUGAGCGGGGAGCUACACCCAGCGCAUAGCACUUGCGAGAUGAGGACAUAUUUAACAGCAUUGGUAGAGAGUAGGAAAUGGGACUAUUUUCUGGCAUGACGACAGAUGGCGCCUAUUCGAACGAGCUUUAAAAGAUAGGCUUUCAUUGCAUCAAAAUAUACGUUUUAGACACAAUAAUUGUCCAAAAGAAAGAAGUAAAUAAAAAAAAGCAGAGGAUCCCUGGU